CAGUUAGAUCAGUUGAUGGGAGGAUCUCAGUUUGUGCACUGAUUGGUUACUAGUUGGGAGAGACUAGAAUACAGAACGUGUCUUCUUUAUGUGUGAAAUGGAGUCUACUAACAAGCCCCUGUUAUUUGGUUAUUUUCGUAGUUCCUGCUCCUGGCGAGUCCGGAUCGCUCUCGCGCUGAAGGAUAUCGAGUAUGACCUGCACCCUGUCAGUCUUAUCAAGAAUGGAGGUGAACAGUAUUCGGAAGAAUACAAGAGAGUGAACCCCAUGCAACAAGUACCAGCUCUGCGGAUCGAUGGAUUCACCCUGAAUCAAUCUCUGGCAAUUAUUGAGUACUUGGACGAGACCCGACCCAAUCCCCCUCUAUUUCCAAAAGAUCCAAAGAGGAGAGCACAGGUCCGAAUGAUCAGCGACCAUAUAACCGCUGGGAUUCAACCUCUGCAGAAUCUGUACGUUCUUGAGAAGAUAGGAGACACCAAGCUUGAGUGGGCACAGCACUUCAUUAUCCGUGGCUUUCAAGCCCUGGAGAAGAUGCUGCAAGACUCUGCAGGACAGUAUUGUGUAGGAGAUCAGGUAACAAUGGCUGAUCUAUGUCUGGUUCCACAGGUGGCAAAUGCAGACAGGUUUAAAGUUGACAUGGCUCCUUAUCCUACAAUCACCCAGAUAAACCAGUCUUUGCUUAAAUUGGAUGCAUUUCUGGUUACCCACCCAUCCCGGCAGCCAGACACCCCACCAGAACUCAGAGCCAAAACACCCUGAAUCUUCAGCUGUCUUGAUGGAUUAUAAAAAGGGAUUUGAGAAAUCUAUACAUUUCCUGACUCGAUAAAUGCAGUGACUUUUAGAACCAUGUUGAUAUUUCAAAAUAAAUACAGUAGGAUGACUGCA